AUGGAUGACUGCCCUGCAGAGUCUGGUGAUUUCCGGGCUCAGCAGUGUUCAGCCCACAAUGACAUCAAGUACCAGGGGAUGACCUAUGAGUGGGUGCCAGCACCGUACGACCCCUCCGACCCCUGUGCUCUGCGCUGCCAGGCCAAAGGCAGAAGUCUCACUGUUGAACUGGCGCCCAAAGUGCUGGACGGGACACGGUGCCGGGCGGACGCCUUGGACAUGUGCAUCAGUGGAGUUUGUCAGGCAGCAGCUCCAGGAAGUGAUUCCAUCAACAGGCUUCUUCACGUCAGUGAGUUCGUUCCUGGACCUUGGUCUUCCUGCAGCACCACCUGUGGACCUGGGAGACAGAAUCGAGAGGUCAAAUGUCAGGUGCUGCUGUCGUUCACCAAGACAGAGGUGGACCUGCCGGAGGAGGAGUGUGGUGAAGACAGACCCUCAGUGGAGCGGCCCUGCAGCCGGGGGCCGUGCGGCCCAGUGGCGGACCUGGAGCAGCGCGGCGCUGCUUUCUCCACCACCAAGGAGUCGUAUGUCUGGGACUACAGAGGCUUCGCUGCCUGCUCGGCCACAUGUGCUGCUGGGAAGCAGACCGCAGUGGUGAGGUGUGUUCAGACGAAGCAGGGAGACGAGGUGGACGACUCACUGUGCGAUCCAUCCAGCAGGCCGUCCACCAUGGUCCGCAUCUGUAACCCUGAGCCGUGCCCUCCCAGGUAAG